UCGUAUUGAAUAUCACUGCCGCUGUCCGGGACUCCGUCACGAUGGGUUUGCUGACGAUUUUGAAGAAGAUGAAGCAGAAGGAGCGGGAAAUGCGACUCCUCAUGUUAGGUCUGGACAACGCGGGGAAGACGACCAUCCUGAAGAAGUUUAAUGGAGAGGACGUCAGCACCAUCUCACCAACACUGGGCUUCAACAUCAAAACAUUGGAGCACAGAGGGUUUAAAUUGAACAUUUGGGAUGUAGGGGGUCAGAAGUCCCUGCGCUCCUACUGGAGGAACUACUUUGAGAGCACAGACGGGCUUAUUUGGGUAGUGGACAGCGCAGACAGACUGAGACUGGAGGACUGCAGACAGGAGCUCAGUUCACUGCUGCAGGAAGAGAUGUUAGCUGGUGCAACACUGCUGGUGUUUGCCAACAAACAGGAUUUACCAGGAGCGUUGUCAAAAGAGGCAAUAAAAGAGGCGCUGGCUCUAGAUCAGAUCAAAAGUCAUCACUGGUGUAUCAUUGGGUGCAGUGCGGUGACAGGAGAGAAUCUGUUAGCUGGAGUGGACUGGGUAUUAGAGGAUAUUGCUGCAAGGAUCUUCACCACCGACUGAGUGUCUGUACAUGAUUUGUUUGUUCCGUCAACCCUGAUAUUACAGCGUCAUUGUUUAAUGCUAAA